GGGAAUCAAACCAAAUUCUCUCCCACAUUUUGAACACAACAUCAUGUGUUGCUAACUAGGUUAUACAUGAGGUGUGUGUAAAUAAUUAUUAACGUAAGCGUGUGGAAAAAACCUAAUAAAGGCGACACCAGCUGGGGAAGGGUCUGACAUUGGCAAGCAAUGGCAGAAACAGAAGGAAAACAAGAGGCAGUGUUGUUCCCUUUCAUGGCCCAAGGCCACAUAAUCCCGUUCUUAGCAUUAGCACUUGAAUUAGAACAGAGAAAAAAGUACAGCAUCACCAUACUCAACACUUCCCUAAACAUCAAAAAACUAAGAUCCUCUAUCCCACCAGACUCCACCAUCUCCCUCGUCGAAAUCCCCUUCACUCCCUCCGACCACGGCCUCCCUCCCAACACGGAGAACACCGACUCCAUCCCCUACCACCUCGUCAUUCGCCUCAUCCAAGCCUCCACCACCCUCCAACCAGCCUUCAAAACCCUCAUCCAAAACAUCCUCUUCCAAAACCAAAAACAUCAACUUUUAAUCAUCUCCGACAUCUUCUUCGGCUGGACCGCCACCGUCGCCAAGGAACUCGGCGUCUUCCACGUCGUCUUCAGCGGCACCUCCGGCUUCGGCCUCGCCUGCUACUACUCCCUCUGGCACAAUCUCCCCCACCGCCGCGUCAACUCCGACGAGUUCUCCUUACCGGAUUUCCCCGAAGCGCGUGUCAUUCACCGCACGCAGUUACCCAAUAACAUUUCCGAAGCAGAUGGCUCCGACCCGUGGUCUGUGUUUCAAAAAAGUAAUCUUUCCCAAUGGGUCAACUCGGACGGGAUUUUGUUCAACACCGUCGAAGAGUUCGAUUCCGUUGGGCUGGGCUACUUUAAGAGAAAACUGGGCCGGCCCGUAUGGCCCAUCGGCCCAGUGCUGUUCUCCUCCGGCUCCGGCUCCGGCUCGCGCGGGAAAGGCGGCGGGAUCAACCCGAAUCUCUGCACCGAAUGGCUCAACACGAAACCCUCGAAAUCGGUGCUGUUCGUGUGCUUCGGAUCGAUGAACACGAUCUCCGCUUCGCAGAUGAUGGAAUUGGGGAAGGCGUUGGAGCGGUGCGGGAAGAAUUUCGUUUGGGUUGUGAGGCCUCCGAUUGGUUUUGACAUAAAUUCGGAGUUCAGAGAGGGAGAAUGGUUACCUGAAGGGUUUGUUGAAAGGGUUAAAGAAUCGGGGAAGGGUUUGGUUGUUCACGAUUGGGCGCCUCAGGUGGAGAUUCUGUCGCAUUUUGCUGUGUCUGCGUUUCUGAGUCACUGCGGGUGGAACUCGGUGCUGGAAUCGCUGAGUCAGGGGGUGCCGAUUCUGGGGUGGCCAAUGGCGGCGGAGCAGUUUUAUAAUUGUAAGUUGUUGGAGGAAGAGGUUGGGGUUUGUGUGGAGGUUGCAAGAGGGAAAAGCUCUGAGGUGAAAUACGAAGAUAUAGUGGCAAAAAUUGAAUUGGUGAUGGACGAGACCGAGAAAGGGGUUGCGAUGGGGAAGAAAGCUGGGGAUGUUAGAGAUAUGAUUAGGGAUGCGGUGAAGGAUGAAGAUGGGUUUAAGGGGUCUUCUGUUAGGGCAAUGGAUGAGUUCUUAUCUGCUGCUUUUGAGUCCUGAAAGAAACUAGUUUUAUUGUUUUGGUAUUUUAAUAACAGAACAGAAAGCAAGAUUUUCUGGCCAUUGAGCAUUGAUUCUGAGUGAUAUCUGUGAGUGUGAUUGUAUAGAGUGAUUGAGUAUUGAGGACUGCAGUUCUAGUAAACUCUGACGGUUAAUAAAUCCAUUUGCUUCACCAACAAAA